AUGUCGGACGAAGGGAAAUUGUUCGUUGGAGGCUUGAACUUCACCACGACUGAAGACACAUUGGCGAUGGCCUUUGGAAAAUAUGGAACCAUCGAAAAAGUCGAUGUGAUCAAAGACAAGGAGACGGGAAGGUCCCGCGGUUUCGGCUUCGUCAAAUACGAAAACAUGGAGGAUGCUAAAGAUGCUCUGGAGGCCAUGAACGGAAAGACUCUGGACGGCCGGUCUAUUCGCGUGGAUGAAGCAGGGAAGGGUGGUCGCUCCAGAGGAGGAUUCAGCUCAGGCGGCCCACGUGGAGGCGGCGGAGGCCGAUUCGGGAGUGGUGGAGGCUACAAUGGAGACAGAGGUUAUGGUGGUGGAGACAGGGGAUAUGACAGGGGCUUCGGAGGUGGAGACAGAAGCUUUAGCGGUGGUAGCGGCGGCGGCUACAGGAGCGGCGGCGGCGGCUACUCGGGCGGCAGCUACAGGGACAAUAGGGGACAAGGCGGCUACGGCGGUGACCGUUCCAGCUCCUACCGCGAUGGAUACGACAGCUAUGGUAGGCAGUGA